CUUCAUUCACCAUUUUGCGUCUGUAGUGUAGCCCGAGCCAUAAGCGGCUAUACUUUCCCCUCAUUUGGAGUGGCUUUGCGGAAGAAAAGCGUUUUUACCGUUUAAACCUGCGCGAAGAUUCGGUAUUCUUAUCCAUUUUGUUUUCCAAUCAAUAUUUAUUUGAUCGACACUGUUAAUAUUGAAAGGGGUUGAAUUUCCAAAAAAAAAAUGGGACACAGCAGGAAUAAGAAGAGAGAAGGGGCAGAAUGAAAGAGAGAAACAGAGUGCAAGAUAUUGAUAGGCUGGAACAUAUAAGGAAACUUAUGGACUAAACAUUAUUGAAUAUGAAGCCCUUUAAAAAACAAGGCAGACGGUCACCUCCAUCCACACGAGCCAAAGGGAGUAAGAGAAGGGGGAUGACUGAUGCAAGCCCAGAAGAGGAGAAGAGGGACACAGAGGAAAAACCCAGGCUCUCACCCUCCUCUCCCAAGAGAUUGAUAUCCUCAAAUUCUGACUCAUCACAGGAUGAGCUAGUUAGAACCAUCAGGACCCCAGAGAGAGAGGGAAAAAGAGAAGGACUACUAGAUGUAUCAGGGGAUUAUGGGAAGGGAAAGGAGCAUUCUCGGAGCUUCAAGUCAGGUGGAACACAGAGCGACAGUAACAGCCCCAAUCCCUCAUCCAGCCGCAAGACAGCCACCUUUAAGGCCCGCGUGCCGAAGAAAAAGUAUACCUCUGAGCACUAUGCUGGAAACCAUGGCAAUGAUGGAAAUUCCAGUACUCCCCCACAGAGUAACAGCAGCACACCUCACAAUUGCUCCAGUGCUAGUCAGGGCAGCACCACUGGAGCUGAAUACACAGAUACAGUCAGUCAGAGCAACCAGGUACCUGUUGCCAGCACCUCAGGGGUCAUACAGACCAGCAUGGCAGCACAGUCAAACAGAGUGGGAGAUGAGAAUAGUGAGAGAGAAAAGAUAAACACGUCUAGUCCUCAGCGCUGCUCCUCCACAGACACAGCCAGUGAGCACUCAGCUGACCUUGAGGUGUCGACACAGCAAUCUGGAUCCCACUCCAGUGUUCAAGGAGGCCAAUCUCAUGUUAGCCCUGAGCCUUCACAGGAAAACCUACCAGCUGGGCUGUCACAAACGCUUGCUAAGGGUUUAAAGAACCAGAGGGUCCUGGCCAGAGUGAGCACAAGAAGAGGGGACAGGUGGCCACCUGAUAGAGGACGAGAGUCAUCAGGAAUUUUUCGUGCUGGUGUUGUACGAGAAGUCAGUGGAGAGCAUGGAAGUGUGGAGGUGCAGUUUCAUGGAGAGGAAACAAUAUGCAAAUACCCAUUCCGAGUGGUUACUGAUAUGGUAGACGUGGUAUUGGAUGCACCCCCUCCGGGGCAUGCAUCUGUGCCCAUAGGAACACGCGUGUGUGUGCCCUUUGGAGGUGGCAGUGAAGGGAGCGAGGGGGCACAACAGUGGUACAGAGAAGGCCUGAUCACCCAGGUGGACCCUCACCCUGCUGUUUCUUUCCCUUAUCGUGUCCAGCUCCAAAAGGAUCCAGCAGAUGAAAAGGAUAGAACUGGACCAGAGGAGGACUGGAGGGAAAAAACUGCUCAAGCAGUGUGGGUCUCACGGCAGAGUCUCCGCCUUCUGGUUCCACCAUGGGACCUGGAGCUGCCUCAGCCUACUGACCGAGGGAAGGAAGGUCGAAGGGUGGGGGAAAGAGAGAGGGAGUGGGAGGAUAAAGAGGAGAUGGAAGUGGAAUCAGAGUUGUGUCGUUUCAGCAUGGUGCAUGGGGUAACAGGGCCAGUCUUAGUUACAGGACUGAUACACCCUGAAACUUCUUCAUUACCACUCUCUUCAUCUUGUUCAAUUAGCACUGCCAUCACUUCUGUACUCAGCAUAGCUCCAGACAGAGCUUGGGAAUGCAGCCGACAAAAAGAGCUGGAGAAAGAGAGGGAGUUGCAAAGGCAAUCUGAAAAAGAACGAGAAAGGGAAAGGAUUUCUUUACAAGCACCAGCCCCAGAAGAGGACAUGGAGGUCAGCCAUUUCAGCAUGGCUCCACUCAGGGAGGGUGGCCUCACUUUAGCCAUGGGCACCAAAACUUCGGGCGUGCCCUCCCAACAUCGACCCAUUCUCUCCAAGCCUGACUACCUCAGCCCUCAUCUGUCAGUGGUGAGAGGCAUAGGCACAACAUUAGCACCCCACUUAUCCCUUGGCCCCUCCUCUGUACUGCUGGGAAUGGAUGCAGCUGCAGGGGCUGCAGUCAUCUCUUCUACCCCACAGUUGCCUCCACUGCCUCCCUCCUCUUCUCGCAGCUCUCUGGAGAAAACAUCCACUUCCAGCUCCCAUGGUACAUCAGGGGGAGGCUCAAGCUCAUCUUCUUCAUCACGUUCUCGUACACCUCUCACAGCUGCUCAGCAGAAGUAUAAGAAGGGGGAUGUGGUAUGUACUCCCACAGGAAUCCGAAAAAAGUUUAAUGGGAAGCAGUGGCGGCGACUGUGUUCCCGUGAGGGCUGCUCUAAGGAGUCCCAGCGACGUGGCUACUGCUCCCGUCAUCUGUCUAUGCGUACUAAAGAGAUGGAGGCAGGAGGCAGUUUGGGCAGAGACAGAAGUGGUGCCAGCAGUACAGGCACCCUCACACCUGAUCUCCGCCUAGGAGGUCGUACCAGCAGUGAGAUUGACUGGGAUGAGACAUCACAUGACAGUAGUGAAGCCAGCAGUCGUGGAGGAGACUCGCGUCCUCGUCUAAUUUUGCCUUCCCUCCUACCGCAAGAGCUGCCGCGUGAUUUGUCACGCUUUGACUUUGAUGAGUGUGAGGCAGCAAACAUGUUGGUGUCUCUGGGCAGCUCACGCUCAGGCACUCCCUCAUUUUCCCCUGUGUCCAAUCAGUCACCAUUCUCCCCUGCUCCAUCUCCUUCACCAUCUCCACUCUUUGGUUUUCGCCCAGCCAAUUUCAGCCCCAUCACUGCACCUUCAUCUCUCACCCCUCGACGUCCACGCCAUCUCAGUGGUACCAAGCUGGGUACCCCCAGUGCAGAGCGGGAUCGCCACCUAUCUGGUAUUAUGCCCACUUUUCAGACCAACCUGACCUUUACUGUGCCUAUGAGUCCCAGCAAGCGUAAGUUGGAUGCUCCGCCACCCCCACUUCCUGUUGCACCUGAUUAUACUAAGUCUGAUCCCCAACUAAGUGACUUGCCACUGGGUCUCAAUCCUGCAGCCUUCAGAGCAGUAUCACCUCAAAGCCAGUCAAACACACCUUCUUCUCUUUCCUUUACUCGACCAAGGAGUACAACUAGUCGUCCCUCAUCUUCUGCUGCAUCCACCCCUCCACCGAUGUUGGUUUCUCCUACACCUCCCUCACCACUGCCCCAGGACCCCAGUUCGCGCCGUAUUGUUCCCCUGCGUGAUUCACCCGUAAUUGUCCGCAAUCCUGAUGUGCCACUGGCAAAAUUCAGUGAGGGUCCCUUGAACAGAAGAACAGGUUCCCGCUCUAGAGAGCAUAGUCAACCACCUCACCUUUCUGUGGGUCUCCAGGCUCCUAUUCCCAUUAACAGAGCUGCCACAAAUGGUACAGUACUGCUCCGGAACUCUGCCCCCACCUUGGUGCUGGUAACCUCUGCUCAGUCACUAACUACUGCAGCAGCUGGUCAUCAAACAUACUCAAGCCAGAGCCCCAGCUGUGUUUCUUCUUCCAGUAUAGCCACUGGUCCUGCCAGUUCAGGCUCUGGAGGGAGAGGGCAAGACAGAAAGCCAGGUGAUCAUGCAGAUGUACAAGGAGGGAUUUUACCACAACCUGUGGCCUGCCAUCCAAGUCCCACUGCCCUACUGCCUCUCAUUCUUCCAGCAGAGUCUCCGCAUCCUGCCCCUCGCAAAGACAUUAUAAUGGGACGACCUGGCACAGUCUGGACUAAUGUGGAGCCUCGCUCAGUGCAAGUGUUUCCCUGGCAUUCACUGGUUCCUUUCCUGGAGACCAGCCAAUCAAAUUCAUCCAACCAUCCUACAGAUAGUCAAACACAGAGCAAAGAGCCACAAUGUGGAGUAGCUCUCAUGACUGAUGACCAAUCAGUUGCUGAAAGAGCAUCGCCCUCCUGCCCACCGUCCUCUGUAGGUGAUCCUCCAGCAGAGAGAGGAGGAGAUAGUGAGACGGAGAGUGAUGCUGAUGAUCUCUUUUACUCAGGUGGAGCCCAAGAUCCUGCCGCAUUGACUGGUCCAGUGAAGAGACGGACACAAUCACUCAGCGCUCUGCCCAAAGACAGUGACAAGAAGAGAGAGAAGGACCACAUACGCCGGCCAAUGAAUGCAUUCAUGAUCUUCAGCAAGCGUCAUCGUGCUCUGGUGCACCAGAGGCACCCAAACCAGGACAAUCGCACAGUCAGUAAGAUCCUGGGUGAGUGGUGGUAUGCUCUAGGUGCCAAGGAGAAGCAGAAGUACCACGACCUUGCCUUCCAGGUUAAGGAGGCUCAUUUCAGGGCUCACCCUGACUGGAAAUGGUGUAAUAAGGACAGGAGGAAGUCUUUGUCUGAGGGCAGAGGCACUCCAGGAGCUAAAGAAACUCGAGAACGAAGUGCUUCUGAAAGCACAGAGACCCAGUCAAUUUCUCAGCGGGGUGAGCAAAAGGGAGCAGGGCCUAGCUGGAUGUCGCCAGAGUCCGAAAACUGGGGAGGGCCGGGAGGAGGCCAGCAGACACGGCCUCGUGCUUUGUCCCAGAGUGCAGCGAAUAGCCCGGAGAGAAGAGAGGGAGAAAAGGAUCAAGAAAAGAAUGGAGUAAGUUCAUUUCAGACUUGCCCCCCUCCUGUCUCACAGCGUGGGACUAGUGAGGAUGUAACUAGUGAUGAAGAGCCAAUGGUCAUCUGUGAGGAAGAAGGAGACGAUGAUGUCAUAGGUGAUUCAUUUCCAGAGGGCUCAAUAGACCUUAAGUGCAAAGAGAGGGUGACAGACAGUGAUGAAGAGAAUGACCCUGCAGAUGAAAUCGAUGGCAAGCGAGUGGUUCGUUCCCUCUUGCUCUCAUCUCCUGGAGGCGAAUCGGCAAAAAAAGAGACAGAAGGCAAGAGAGAGAGUGCAGAGAGUAUGAUAAAGCAGGAGACAGAGGCUGGAGAACUGUGUGAAGGAAUAAAAGAAGGAAAGGGAGGAGGCGGAGGAAUGGGAGAUGGAGGAGCAGGCCAGGUCCCUAAAUGUUUUAGCCUAAAUGGCACGCUCUCAUCUGAAGCAAAAGAAUUACAGGUGCCAGGGACGGUCCGAACAGCCCCCACGGUAGUAACAAAUGUGGAUAGACCUGUAACCAGUGCCCCCAUUGCAAUAGCCAGGAAGCCUGCUGAAGGGGGCAUGCCUCUUGGGGCUCCAUCCCCUGAUGGGAAGCCCAAGCUUCUGAUUGGUGGAGGAGGGGCAGCAGGAAGUGGGGCCAUUGCAGGGGGUGGGUACUUUCCUGCGUCCUCUCCCAAACCUGUUGGGCAAGGAGGUUUAGUCACAGGUUUAGUACUUGGAGGAGCGUUCCCAAACCCACCCACUGUUCAGCUCAUAACCCCGCCCCAACCCUUGCCAGGCCCCACCACAAGUAACGGAGCACCUAACAACAGCGCCGUGCCUCUCCCUCUGCUUCAGCCUCAGUUCCUCCCAGGAGCUUCACUCACUCCCCCUACCAAUGGCAAACAAGUCACCCAGGUGCAGUACAUCCUUCCAACUCUACCAGCAACAGCCACCCUAAACAGCCCCUCUCCGCAGCAGACCCACCAGUCAGCCGGUGUUCUUGCCCUGCCCUCUGCCCUGCCUGCACACUUAUCAUUGUCAAACGGAUUGCAUGCAGGGGCUGGGCCAGGGAUGAGAUAUGCCUCAGUGCCAGCAGUGGGAGGGGUCAGCCCAGGAGGAAGAGCACGGUCUCCAGUCUUACAAAACAAGAUGCUGGUUCCCAUGACAACAGUAAGACCAGGAUCAACACCUCCACAGCCCAUUUCCCUAGUGGCCCAGCCUCUUCCUGUUCAAAAUGGGGUGCAACCUGGAAGUAAGCUCAUUCAGAUUGCCCCAAUGCCAGUGGUCCAAACUAAUGUCCAGCCUGCACGAACAGUACAUCCUUCUGCUGCCUCCUUCCCAGUCUCUGUGGCAACAGCAACUGUCAUGGCCUCGGGUGGCACAUCUCCUCAGACAGUGCUAUUGACUCCAUCUGCUACAAGGAUUACAUAUGUUCAAUCAACCACCGGUGUCACUACCCCUUUGUCAUUGGGGUCCACAACAGCAGUCUCCACCCCUCAGCGGGCAGCGCCCCCUCACACACAAGCAUUUUUGCCAUCUGCUAUGGCCACACUGGGCUUCACCGCCAUUGCGCCUGCUGGUCCUACGCUGGUGCAUCCAAUAGUGGCAGGCCAGCCUCCACUCCUGGCUCAGGUUCCCUCCCCCAGCUGUUUGCCCCAGUCCUCAGCCUCAGAGUCCAGUCGACAACUAGUGACUGCUCUUUACCCUGGCCCAAGUGUCACCCUGGCGACAGGAGUGGUUUCUAUGACAACCACAUCUCAAAAUGUGACUAGUCCUCUGUCAGUUCUGACAUCCCCCUCAUCACCUCAUAUGAAGACAUCUAUAGCAUCGAACGUGCACUUGCAUUCUCAGACCUACACAGACUCACCAUCACAAGUCACUUUGAAGAUGGAAAGUCUUAAAAGGCCAGAGGCAGAUACACACAGAGAAGCAGUGUUGUCAAACACAUCAAGUCAGAUGGAAGAAGUAGGACAGCUUGCUAGCCCAACCCCACACCUGCAUUCAGGAAGUAGGGCAGGAUCCCCCAAACUGCCCCUGAGCCCUCAGAAGAUCAAAGUUCAAGUUGAGUAUCCUCCAUCAAGGCAAGAAGGGGAAGAGCAAGAUGGAAAGAAGGCAAGCAGAACGGAGCGUGACAGUGAGCAAGACGGUGGAGGAAUGGGGUCUACUUGGAUAGAGAAAGCAGUGAGAGAGAGGGGAAUAGAAGGAGCCCCCAAAAGCCCGUUAACUAAUAACAAGGAGGAACAUGGCAGAGAGGCUGGACAAAAAGAGGUGUGUGGUUUGGACCUGCCUCCUCCACCAACGCAAAGUGACACUCCAGCACUCAAGAAGAACAAAUCCCGCCCCCCUCCACUCAAAAGCACCACUGGCUCUGUGGACAAAGUGAUGUCAGACACAUAUUUUGAGGAGCGCCUAGCUGAGCUGCCAGAGUUUAAGCCAGAUGACGCAUUGCCCUCCCCCAACUUGCAAAAUCUAGCCACAUCUCCCCGGGCAAUACUCGGCAGCUACCGCAAGAAGAGGAAUUCAACAGAUUUGGACUCUGUUGAUGAUCCCAGCUCUCCAAGGAGGAAGAGUCGUCGCUUAUCGAGUUGUAGCUCAGAACCCAACACACCUAAGAGUGCUGCCAAGUGUGAGGGAGACAUAUUCACCUUUGACAGAACUGCAGGAGAGACAGAGGACAUUUUAGGUGAGCUGGACCGUGUACCAUAUUCUCUACGCCGCACACUGGAUCAGCGCCGGGCACUGGUCAUGCAACUCUUUCAGGAGCAAGGCUCCUUCUUCCCGUCAGCCCAGGCCACAGUUGCUUUCCAGGCCCGCUACUCUGAUACUUUCCCCACUAAAGUGUGUUUGCAGCUGAAGAUUCGUGAAGUGAGGCAGAAGAUCAUGCAGACUGCCACACCCGGUAGUUCAGAGGCCACAGGGACGGGAGGAGCUUUCAGUGGCUCAGAUUCUGCUUGUGCACCGGGACCAUCCAAUCCUGUAACCAGUGAAGAUGGUGUGGCCGAGGUAGACGAAAAGGGCUGCGAGUGGGAAAAGCCCAAGACUGGCAUGGAUGAAUCACAGGAUCUUAGAUGAAAACUGAGAGAGAGGAUAGACAUGUUAGAAUGUGGGAAUGGGCAGUAGGCAGAUUUAACCAAGUCCACUGACAAUAUACAGCACUUGCAUGGUUUUUGUUGAAUUUAUAACCAACUGUGUGAAUUUUGUUCCGCUUGUUUUCACAUCAUUAUUUUCCUGUCAGUGGACAUUAUCUGUGUCAAGGUGACCAUUCACACAGACUGACCAACACAUAUAUAUUUUAUGCAAGUACACAAAAUUAACUUUCAUAACAGGCACAAGCACCUUUUCAACAAAACAUCCGGCAGCACGCAAAUGAGUGCACCAGGUAGUUGUUCCGUCACUUGCUUUAGAUCUGGAGCCCCUUACUGUGGCACCUAAGACAGCAUUCUGCACAAAGUUUCUUUGCCUGGCAUAAAAAAUGAGACUGUUUGGAGGAAAUUGGUGGGAAAUGAGCGCGUUUGCACUUUGAUAUGUGAGAGACUGAGACAGAACCGUGUGGCCAGAGAGGAAGAGGUGUCUUUGUGCAAUGGAACACGUCCAGUUUGUGGGGAAACAGGCUCAGAACCAAACCUUCCAAAAGCAACAAACUGAAGACUUUCUCACUUGCAGCUGAGCAGAAAGCAAAAGCUAUAGUGACUGCCAAAACAGCACAACAACAAAGAAACCAACACAGAACACAUAAACCAAGAGAGCAGUGUGCAUCUUCUCAAAUGGAACAUUAGCAUGAAUAAUGAAAAAAAAAACACACACUCUCUCUCACUCUAUGAAUACAUGCUUCUUCAUUUGUAGUUGUUGUGUCGUAUUGGUGGAAAUUAUACCUCCCCCCUCUCCCAAAUAGCUUGCUCUUCUCUUAUUAACUCUAGUGGCAUUUCUAGCACAGACCAAUCAGUCUAUCCAUGCCUUGGGGCAGAAAAAAAGACUGUUUUAGCCUAUUAUCUGAAGCUCUUCUUCUCAUGCCUCUGUCUCUGGCCUUUCCUCAACUCCACCUCUCACUGUAUAUAACCAUGAUGGCUCAGGGGCUUAAGGCUCUUUGCUCCCCCCCACCCCCCUCCCUUUUUUGAAAUGUUUUUAUCAGACGUUUGCACAAUAUGUGGUCCUGGACCACACUUUAAAUCAGGAAAGUGUUUGUUUUUCAAGAUAUGUAAAAAGAAACUAACCAACAACUGCAUUUCAGUUAAUUUUAUUUUUCCUUCCGUAGCAUAUAGUUUUCCUUUAAAAAAAGACCCUUUUUUGAUAUUAUUUUCUGCUUCUUCUAAAACUGUUACCUAACUUUUUUGGAAAGUGCCCCUGAGGGGCUGGUCCAGAAUUUGUAACCGUGGAUGAUUCUUAAACAGGAUUAUGCAAAGGGAAAGACCUGAGACCAGCGCUAAGGUGGCAUUUCUCAGGAUCUCCCUUUCCUUUAGCUGCCACAUCUUUCAUUGGUGCAAUAGGACUGUGUUGACAGGAAGUUUCUUUAGAUUUUAGAUGAGUGACCAGUUUUUGUGCCAUAGAUAUUUACUGUUCAAGAGGAUAAAGGUGUUACAGUAUGAUAUAUACAGGAAAAAAUAAAUUAAAAAAAAUAAUUAUAAUAACGUUAAUAAUUGAGUGUUGAGAAAGUAAUCCAAACAAACCAUCAAACAUUGGGCCUCCUUUAUCAAGCCAGACAUGAACAGUUUUAUUCAGAAAUUGUUCCUAGAAGCAUUUACACAAGACUUUUGGUAUUCAUGAAAAUUGUGUUUGGAAGAAUGUUCAUAUCCUAGAAAAGCUCCUGAGUUUGUGUAAAUUUACCAGAAGGAGACUAACUAAUGUAAACCUCAGCUGAUUGGCUUCAAAUCAUAUAACUGUUCAAUUUCAAUUCUACACAAAUUUAAUGAAAACUUUGUGAAACCCAGUCAUUUCAUAUUAAUAGCAUUAAUUAAAGAAAUAUUUAAUAUGGAAAAAAUUAUAAAUAAAAAAGCAAAUCAACGCAAAUCCAUAAAUUAAGACAAAUAAGACCAGUCACUAAAAUCUCCAUUGUCAUGUCAAACCAUUUUCUUUUCACCUCACUUACUUCACACCUAACCAACCUUUUCUGUAAUUUGUCCUCAGAUUUUAGCCUUUUCAGGUGCUGCUACACUGCUAAAUAAUAUUUUUAUUGGUGUAGACAUUAGUCAAAAUAAUUUCCCCUUCUGCCUCUGAGAGAUAGUUUUAGCUGUCUGUGAGCUUUAUCUUUUAUGGGCAUCACAAAAAAAAUUGAUAAAUGAGGCCCAAUGAGUGUACUGACACUUUGAUACUUCCCAGUCUUCACUUAUAUACUUACAUACAUUCACUGGCCACUUUAUUAGGAACACUUGUACACCUACCCCUGUUCAUUCAUGCAAUUAUCCAAUCGGCCAAUCGUGUGGCAGUAGCACACUGCAUAAAUCAUGCAGAUACGGGUCAAUUUUAUUAUAUUAUUAUUUUAUUAUAAAUAAAACAUCAGAAUGGGGAAAAUAUGUGAUCUCAGUGACUGUGGCAUGGCUGUUGGUGCCAGAUGGUUUCUGUGAGUCACUGUAGCUUCAGAUUCUGUAGCUUCGUAUCUGACUGGAGUGGAACCCGAUGUGGUCUUCUGCUGUUGUAGCCCAUCCACCUCAAGGUUCUAUGUAUUAUGUAUCCUGAGAUGCUUUUCUGUUGACCACAGUUGUAAAGAGUAGUUAUCGUAGUAGUUGUUAACGUAGCCUUCCUGUCAGCUCGAACCAGUCUGGCCAUUCUCCUUUUACCUCUUUAAUCGACAAGGCAUUUCCACACACAGAACUGCCGCUCACUGGAUGCUCUGAAGACUAUUGUUCAUGAAAGUCCCAGGAGAUCAGCAGCUUCUAAAAUACCCAAACAAGACCAUCUGGCACCAACAAUACAAUCAACAACUUGAUCUGUACCUACAUGAUUCUAUACUGUGCACUACUGCCACAUGAUGUUGUAUACUUGCAUGAAUGAGCAGGUGUUCCUAACAAAGUACUUCCAGGUAUUCCAUAUAUAUAUAUAUAUAAUAUAUAUAUAUAUAUAUAUAUAUAUAUAUAUAUAUAUAUAUAUAUAUAUAUAUAUAUAUAUAUAAUGUGUGUGUGUGUGUGUGAGCGAGCGUACUGUAUAUAAUGUUACCUAAUAUGCACCUUGGCAGAUCAAACUUGCCCCCAAAUGCAAAUGCAAUCCAUACUAGAAGACUGUUAUGCCUGUGAGCUGGUUAUUAAUGUUGAGAUAAGAGGAUUCUCACGAAUACAAAAUGACAUUUGGCACUUAACUCACUCUUUCCCCAGCAUCAGAGAAAUGCUUGCGCACACACAUGCACACCUGUACAUGUAUGUGUGUUCACCGUUUGAUUGUGUAUCCAAUAAAUUGUCAUUAUCUGACUCUGAAGAAGGAAUAUUUGGAUGAGAACGAUGAGCGUGAGCUCAUAAGCAGGCAUGUUGAUCAUGUGCAAUAUUUCUAAACGAAAGAAUAUUGAAAAUAUUAAAGACUUAACACAGUA